AUGGUCGACGCUGCACCAAAUCUCACGCGGCAGGGCUCGGUGGCUCGCACAAACGCCAUCGCCAUGCUCAAGCGAGCCGCAUCGCACCGAGAGAUCAGAUCAAGAGCAGCUACACCUGCGCUUCCUGGUGCGUUUCCUUUGGAACCAGAGACCGAUCUUGCAUCUUCCUCGCAAGCGCCUGCGGAGCCUUCACAACAGACUGCAGCGCCCGAAUCCAGUCGCACAGGCCUACCAACAUCAAUGGCUGAUACAUCUCACGACCUCAACACCGCUCAGCAGACGCCCUCGGCGUCCACCCAUCCCUCUCCUUCACUCAACAACGCCUCGGAUCAAUUCCCGUCACGAUCGAGCUACGAUAGGAACCCUUACGGCGCCGACAACGCUGUCGCUUCGACCUCGCUGCUGCCCAUUCCCGGAGCGUUGCUGUCGUCUGACGAAUCGCACGACCGCUCUCGUUCCCCGUUGUUCCAGGACAAACCGAGUCAGCGACCUUUCAACCGCUCUCCCUUGCCCUCUCUCGAGCAGCUUCGCGCGCGAAUCCUGCUGGAACGCGAAUCCGCAGGCCUGCAGCGAAGCGCCAGCACCAGCGCCGCCAGUCAGGCUGCUCGUGCUUACGCUCUCGAGAAGCUCCUCGGCAAUAGCGGCACCGACGUAUUCUACGACCGUACUCCCGAAGGAACCCUCAUCGGCCGAGGCGCUGCGACACCUUCCCCUCCUGCCAUCUCGAGCCGAGACGAUGACGUGCCGGACAUGGCGUCCGACGAUGAGUCUGCGCACGAGACCAGAUUGAAACGCCAGUCGAUCAAGUACCGCUCUUCGCUUCGAAGGAGCCGCACCGUCAAUGGUCUCACAGCCCUGGCAGAAGCACAGAAAAAGGCCGAAUUCGUCCAAGGCGUCUUUCUCGCGGUUCCUGGCCCUGCAUCCAAUCGCAUCUCGCGCAUCCAUCAGCGACGCGUUGAGCGUCAGAGUAUGCUCAAGCUGCCCACAGCUGAUCCCGCUCAAGCUCAUGUGCCCGAGGAGGAGAGUCCAGUUCCUGCCCCGCCGCUCGAUCACACGGCCGAUGAGGCGGUUCCGGGCCUAUCGCGACAACAGUCCCAGCGUCAGAUGGCGAGGACGGAGAUGCUGCGCAAGUUGAGCACGAGGGGCAGAGGAACUGCUACGCCGACGCCGCAGCCAAUCGCGGACCAAUCUGAUGGUGCAGACUACGCCAGCAACUCACAGGUUUCAUACCAACAUCCGAGGCUACCACAGGUGAUCACAAACUCUCCAGCUGUCGACGAAUCGAUCAGCCCGGUGGGUGUAGUCAUCCGACCACCAUCGUCUCCCGUGCCUCCGCACCUCUCGCAAGCGUCACUUCCACCUGCGCCAGCUCUCCGACUAGCUCUCAGCCCUGCCAGUACUGCCGCCAUUGACGCUCAUACGUAUGCUGCCCUGGCACCAGAGCCGACACCGUCGGUAGGCUUGAAAAAUUCGUCGUCGGCUGCCUCUCUCGCGUCAGACUACGCACACAGCACUAUUACUAACGCAUCCGCUCGCGACAUGCAGGAACGCAAUCGCGAAAGCACUAUGGCCCUCCUCAACAACGAGGACAGCUUCGGCUUGGAGACGUCGCCGUCUAUGCGAUUCUCCUCAGUCGAAGCCGAAGCGAUCCACUCGUCUGCACGAAACGUCGAUCCAGCCUCUACUAGAAGCGACAAUGGCGCUGACGAGGGAGGUCUCAACAUCAAUUUCGACAGUGAUGCGCAGAAGAGACGUCGUGCUGGUCUUGUUGGUUUAGGGCUCGCCUCGGUCCUAUCGCAAGCACCGGAAACCCCCGAAUUCAACACAGACCAAGAACCACCGAAGGCGGGUCGAGAGGGCCCGUCGCCGGGAGUGCAAAAGGAUGUUGUAGCCUCUAAUCGCGCCUCCAGGCUUCUUCCGUCGCUCGACCGGCUACACAUCCAGCGCCCGACAACACAAGAGCUUUUAUCCAGCCCAGCCUCCUAUACGGAUGAGGAAUCGUUGGAAGAUGACGCCUUCUACCAGCUUUAUUCGCCAGCAGCUGGUGGCUACGACGACGGAGACGACAGCGAUCAAGACGACCAUCACGGUGGGCCCGUACCACGCAACGGCUCAACUGCAGAAGGCGGCCAAAUGCUGCAGAAUGCACCAUCUCCGAAAGUCGCUGUAGCUGCGGUGCAAGGUCUUGGACUCGCAACAGUUGCGGGCACACCGAAGCAUGCCCAGCAAGCAUCCGGUGCAGAUUUUCCCACAACCCCUCCGUCACAACGCCUCUUCCAGCGUGGAAUGGCCUCCGUGCCCUGCGAUCCUUCGCCCAGCGCCGAGACCGAAUUUGGUGAGGCACGCAGAACGCCUAGAACGCCCUGGAUGAACGCGAGUCCCGGCGGAGUCAAUCUGCCACUGCGCCUGUCCAACUCGCUCAUGUCGACCGACUCACCAGCUGUUGGCUUCAGCCCUAUGACCACUCGUGGCGACAGCGUCUCCCGCAAGACGCGAGGCGACUGGCCAAUGUCGAUCGCCAGCAGUGGCACAGAUCCUCUGAGCCGGGAAAGCCUCGAGGGUCGUACCGAAAGGGAAACACGUUUAAGAUCGUCCGAAGAAGCCAGAGCGUACAACGGUGCUCCUGCGAUCGGCUCACCUCUGAUUGAGGUCCCAGAGGAUGAGGCAAUCAGGGAUGCAGGGCCCAGCUCGCGACGAUUAAGCCACGAUGCUGAGGCACCACAUAUGAGAGAUUCGGAAUUCGAGCUUCUGUCGGUUCCGAGCUCUCGUGCCAAGCCUUCUGAACGCCUUCAAGCGAUGCUUGGAUCGGAUUUCGUGAACGAAUACGCUCCCGAUAUGGACUUGGACGCUCGAUCUCGCUCGUCGGUGGGAGGGGAUGACGAACACAACUUGAGGGUGCCCGACUCUCGCGCGAAUGGGUCGUCGCUUUCUCAUAAGGGAAGCAACCGUUCGAUCAGCGAAGUGAGCGACGUGGAUGGAGAUAUCGACGACGCCUACCUACGUAAGGUCGAUCGGAUGGCGGACAAGCUCGGUGUACUCGCUCGGACGAACCAUGCCAAGAGCGCGGAUGUCGGGCCUGGUGGAGCAAACACGCCGUCCCGAAUCGCUCCACCGGCUCCGAGGCUAGAGCGAAGCAAUACGGCAAAUGGCAGCAGGUUCACCGAACACGUAUCGAUCCCGCCACCUCCCGCCUCCAGCGGUCAUUCGCAGCGUCCCUCAGCGGAUCUGUCUUCGCUGAUUGGCAAUGAAAAGCUGCACCCGUUCCCCGGUCUAUCCCAAGCAGGGAGCCCUGUGCAGAUGCAGGAAGGGUUCAAUCCCAUGGCCGUCUCGGCAGGCCCGCCCUCUUCGGCGGCAGCUGCAGGAGCUUCGGACGUUCCUCUCUACGCAUCGGCGCCGAAGGACGAGCAAGAUGCUAAUGGCAGGCAGAUCGGGUUGUUCACGUCUCUGCGACGAAAGGCAUCCAGCUUGCGAAGGACGCCAUCUUCCGCGGCAAAGGAAGGUGGUAGCUUCUGGGCGCGCCGAGGCGGGAAGAAGACCGAAUCGCCCAAACUGCCGACCGAAGCAAGCUUCAUUUCGGCGCCCAUUCUCACGGAGGAGACACCGGGACCUGCACCGACUCCUUCGCAGCCUAUCUUCACGGUGGAAGGGCCACACGGCGAGACAGCCAGAGCUUUGUCGCAGCAGCGAGAGAGGCAGUAUGACGCCACCUUCGAGCAUCGGCUCUUCGGCGGGCAAUCGACGGACAAGUCGGCAGCACCGACAGCAACAUCGGCAGAGCUGCAGCGCAACGCCUCCGUCUCUUCGGUGGUCAGUGCUCGAAUCCGGCCAGAUUUGCAAGACGGCACAGCCGACGCCGAUGGCUCCACGUCUUCUGACCAUCACACAGCAGCGGUCAAAUCGCUCGCGCCCACCACUGCAGCCAUGAUCCAUCGUUACAGCCGAAUGCUCUCCUCUGCUCGUCCUAUGCAGACUGUCCCUGGUGCGACGCAAGAAGACAUGCUAGAUCCGCCCCGCAAGCUGCUCGCUACCGAUCCCGUGUUCCAGGUGAUCAGCGCAACGACCAUCAAAGACCGCUUCCUCUUCUUGUUCAGCGACAUUCUCGUCCUUGCCAAGCCCGUGUCAGCCCCUGGUUCGGAGAAUGGUCAAGCCCUGGGGAAGAUGAAGCAAGCGUCGGUGCUCCCUUCUCUUUCAUGGAAGUUCAGCGUCAAGAACAUUCUCGAGCUGCAUCGACUCAAAGUCAGCGUCACCAGCAACACCCGUUCUGCAUCUGCAAAAACACGUGCGCAGAAUCCGGUGCUGUGGGGAUUUGUCUCUCACUUCAGCAAGGAUCCGGAUGCAGCUGUGCGUGCGCUCGUCGCCAAGACUGGCCUCGAACCCACGGCCGCCUCGAUUGCACAGCUGCUGUACCAGACCCCGGAGCUGGACCGACAUGAUCUGACGCAGUACCUGGGCCAUCCUUCGCGCCGAGAAACACUGAAAGCCUACGUCUCGCAACAUCGACACGUUGGGGUGUCGAUCGAAUCUGCGCUUCGAGCGCUGUUGCUCGACUUGCGCUUCCCGACCGACCUGGAAGCGUUCGAGGCGCUGCUCAUGCACUUUGCGCAGAGCUGGACGUCGCACAACGCGUCGAUGAUCAAACCGAGUUUUACGGAACAGAUCGCAUCCGACCUAGUGUUUGCCAUGAUGGCUCUCAACGACGCUCUGCACACGGGUGUCCAAGCGGGUCCCUCUUCCAUCACUUCGCCGAACUUCCCACGACCUGUGACGGUCGUCACACCGAGUUUGUUCAGCGCACCGUGUCCGGAGCUGUCCAAGCAAGACUUUGUCUCUGUAUUUCGACAGCACGACCCCACGCAGGUGCUGUCGGAUCGAACGUUGAGCCGGAUCUACCUGAGCAUUCGAUCCGAGCCACUGGUGCAGGCGUUGGAUCGAUUCGAACCGCGUUUCACGAUCCGCGUCAAAGGCGGUCGACUGCCGACACGUUUGACGUACGCGCAACCCGCGGAGCCGGUGACGCUCGUGAUCCCCGCACCCGAUCCGGAUCUGGCGAUCCGACUCUACGCACAGGACACGACGUUCGAGCCGCCUAUCCUGACGUUCGCCAACUCGAACCAGGCGAGCUUCACCAUGUGGACCAAGAGUCUAGGUAGCAAACAGGUCGUGUUCGUACGCGCCGGUCGCAACGCCCGGUUCUACGGUGGGGGUGAGAUCGACGAUUCCGAGGACAGCGAGGAUUGCCCUCUGCCGAGGAGCUUCAAUGUGAGCGUGGAGCGGGCGUUCAUGAAGCACAGCUUCACACUCACCUCUGGCGAAGGAGGUUUAGCUGAAGUCAAGAGGUUCAUGUUCAGCUUUGAGAAUGCCGAGACGGUUCAGAGGUGGAGCAGGGUGAUCCGGGAGAACGCGGAGAGGUGUUUGAAGGAGAAGGCGGCUAAGACGGUGGGAGAGGUAGGGGUGGGAAGGGCGACGGAGAUGGCUAGUUUGCAGGUGUUGAGAGAGACCUUGAUUGCAAGCGAGGAGGAUCGCGAGAGGGCGGCGGGGGGAGGGCUGAACCGUGCAGCGACGUUCACGGGUGGUUCUUCGGCGGGUACUCGGAUCGAGCCGGCGCAAGCAGUCCGAGCAGGCCAGACCGGUCUGGGCGUCUCCGCUGGUCCAUCGACCUCCGCUCUAGACCGCACCACUUCCACCUCGCGCAGCUACUACUCCUCAUCCGGCGUCGGUCGACACGAACGAGAACUCCUCAUCCCACCCUCUUCCUCCACCUCAGACGCCAAAACACACACCAAAAACGCAUCCUCACUCUCCCUCUACCCGCCGUCCACGAGUCGAACCAGAUUCGGAACGACACCCCUAACCGCGGUGGCGCGAAGCAACUCCGCUCGAAGCGCCAGCAGCCCCCAGUCCUCCACCACCCCCCUACCCACCCUCCACAGCUCGACGCAAACACCUCCAGCGGACAACCUCGCCAGAGCCCAAAGCAUCAGCACCGCAACCACUUCUACCCCGGUCCAAGACAAGAUUCUUCCCGGAAGUCAAAUCGUCAGCAUCGCAAGACUCAACUCCUUGCUCGUACGCGUCGUCGCUCACCAUCAGCAGCAGAGAUAG